AUGAUCACGCUGCCGCUCAAGCGUGCACACCAGGCACGGACCGAUGUCCACCCGCAAGUCUUCUUGCAGCAGCACCUUAACCGCAGUCUCAAGCGCUACGCGCGCAUGACCGGGAACAUCCAGCCAAGCAGGCGCUCGCUCGAAGCAAAACUACACAGACGUAUGGAAGCCACUGAGCCUCUCAUCGGCCGUGCGAACCGCAAGCGGUCCCGUAACCUCACGAAGAGGAGUAGCAGCGUCGUAGGCGCGGCCGCGAACAGUUCGUCGUCCGCAGCAAAUGCGUCCGCCACUGGUGCGGCGGCCAGUGCAGCUAACUCAACGGCUGCCGCGGGUAGCGCUGCACCUGCUGCCACUGGCGCCGCCUCUACCGCCCAAGGCUUCCCCGAAAUUGACCUCGAGGCUCAGACGAACGGUGGACUGACUGCCGCAAACACGCCCACCACUAGCAACACCCUUGGGCUUGAUAUUGAGGCGAAUGAUGUGGGCUACAUCGCGACUGUGCAGAUGGGUACCCCCGCGCAGGACUUUAAGUUCCUCAUGGACACCGGCUCUGCAGACAUGUGGGUAGGCUCUGAGAGUUGCACGACGCAAGGUACCACCCAAGGCUGCGGCAAUCACACAUUCCUGGGCACGAACAGCUCCUCAAGCUUCGCCGAGAUUGGUCAGCAGUUCCAGGUCACAUACGGUACCGGCGAGGUGCAGGGCGUGACGUGCAGUGACAACGUCAACAUUGCCGGCCUCGCGUUGAACAACCACACCUUUGGUGUUGCGAACGUCGAGAGCACUGAUUUCUCAGCCGAUACCGUUCCCUUUGAUGGUCUGAUGGGUCUUGCGCAGUCCGGCCUCUCCGAGGAAGGUGUGAGCACCCCACCGGAGUCGCUCGCAGCCGGCGGCCUCAUCGAACAAGCGAUCACUUCCUUCAAGAUCUCGCGGCUCGCCGACCAGCUCAACGACGGCGAGAUAACCUUCGGGGCGCUCGACACGAGCAAAUUCGACCAGGCCUCGCUCGUCACCGUCGCCAACGUGAGCCCGCAGGGGUUCUGGGAGGCGGCGAUGGACGCGGUCACCGCGGACGGGCAGGACCUCGGGCUGCAGAACCGCUCCGCGAUCCUCGACACGGGCACGACGCUCAUCGUCGCGCCCCAGACGGACGCAGACGCGGUGCACGCGGCGAUCCCCGGCGCGCAGAGCGACGGCCAGGGCGGGUACACGAUCCCGUGCACGAGCAACACGAGCGUCGCGCUGGCGUUUGGGGGCGCGCAGUUCGCGAUCGACCCCGUGGAUAUGCUGUUCACGCCUGUGGACCCGGCGAACCCCGCGGGCGACUGUGUGUCGGGGAUCUCGGCGGGUGAGAUUGACGGUGCGACGACCUGGCUGGUCGGCGACGUCUUCCUCAAGAACGUCUACAUGUCCGUCAACCAGAACACGAACCAGAUCUCGCUCGCGAAGCUCGUCUGA